AUGGCGAACGCCGUUGAGAUCGCCAUCGAAAAAAUCGAUGAAUAUAAAUCGAGAAUUGGACGAACUUUGGGUACACCUAUGCGUUUACGUGAUUUGAUUCGACAAGUUCGAGCUGCUCGAACAAUGGCUGAAGAAAGAGCUGUUGUUGAUCGAGAAAGUGCCAAUAUACGGUUUGUUUCAUUAAAAUUCAUGAUUUUGAAAGUUUGUUCAAAUUUAGGGAAAGUUUUCGUGAUGAUGAUUCGCCAUGGAAAUGUCGAAAUAUAGCAAAGUUAUUGUAUAUUCAUAUGUUGGGUUAUCCAGCUCAUUUUGGUCAAAUGGAAUGUAUGAAACUUGUUGCGAUGACACGUUUUACUGAUAAAAGAAUUGGAUAUUUGGGAGCAAUGCUUUUAUUGGAUGAAAGAUCUGAAGUACAUUUAUUAGUUACCAACUCGUUGAAAAAGUAGGUUUUUCUAUAAUCUGUUUUAUUUUCCAAAUUUGAAUUCAUUAUUUUUAGUGAUUUGACAUGUUCAACACAAUUUGUGAGCGGUUUAGCCCUUUGUACACUUGGUUCAAUUUGUUCGGCUGAAAUGUGUAGAGAUUUGGCGAAUGAAGUUGAGAAAAUUAUCAAACAAAAUAACGCGUAUUUGAAAAAGAAGGCAGCUCUUUGCGCUUUUCGUAUUGUUCGAAAAGUUCCUGAAUUAAUGGAAGUGUUUAUUUCUUGUACUCGUUCACUUCUAGGUGAAAAAAACCACGGUGUUUUGAUGGGUGCAACUACAUUGGUAACUGAAAUGUGUGAGAAGAGUCCAGAUGUUUUGAAUCAUUUCAAAAAAUUGGUUCCAAAUUUGGUGCGAAUUUUGAAGAAUCUUCUUAUGAGCGGAUAUUCGCCAGAACACGAUGUGACUGGAAUUUCAGAUCCUUUCCUUCAGGUAUUAUUAUUUUUCUCAAGUUUCAAAACAUUUUUUUAAAUUCAGGUCAAAAUAUUGAGACUUCUUCGAAUUUUGGGAAAAGACGAUGUUCGCGCGACAGAAGAAAUGAAUGAUAUUCUUGCACAAGUUGCAACAAAUACUGAAACAGCCAAAAAUGUUGGAAACGCUAUUCUUUAUGAAACUGUUUUGACUAUCAUGGAAAUUAAAAGUGAAAGUGGACUUCGUAUUUUGGCUGUAAAUAUUCUUGGAAGAUUCCUUUUGAAUACUGAUAAAAAUAUUCGAUAUGUUGCAUUGAACACUUUAUUGAAAACUGUUCAUAUUGAUAAUCAAGUAAGACAUUCAAAUAUCCUUUAAAAUAAUAAAUAUUUCCUUUUUUUCAGGCGGUUCAAAGACAUCGAAAUGUUGUUGUUGAUUGCUUAAAAGAUCCAGAUAUUUCAAUAAGAAAACGUGCGAUGGAAUUAUGUUUUGCACUUAUGAAUAAGACUAAUAUUGCUCUGAUGACAAAAGAAGUUUUGAUAUUCCUCGAAACUGCUGAUGCCGAAUUCAAAUCAGAAUGUGCUUCAAAAAUGUAUAUAGCAACUGAAAGAUAUUCGCCAAAUCAUGAAUGGCAUCUCGAUACGAUGAUUACUGUACUUCGUCUUGCUGGUAAAUAUGUUCCAGAUGAAGUUGUUUCAUGUAUGAUUCAAAUGAUCUCAGCUAAUUCUGAAUUACAAGCUUAUGCUGUUGUUCAAUUGUAUCACGCAGCUAAAAAAGAUGCCAUAAAUGCUCAACCACUUUUACAAGUUGCUUUUUGGACAAUUGGAGAAUUUGGAGAUUUAUUGAUUCAACCAACUGAUGCUGAUACUACAGCUAUUUCGGAAUCUGAUGUUAUUGAAUUAUUCGAAGCUGUUCUACCAUCAACAUUAACUUCUUUGAUGACAAAAUGUUAUGCCGUAACUGCAUUGGCAAAAUUAUCAACAAGAUUCUCACAUACAAAUUCAAGAAUUGAAGCGCUUGUUCGAAUUAAUCAAGCUCAUAUUCAUCUUGAAUUACAGCAAAGAUCUGUUGAAUUCAAUGCAAUUAUCGGUGUUGGUGAUUUGAAAUAUGGAUUACUUGAAAGAAUGCCAAUUAUUACACAUAAUUCACUCAAUGCAGCUGCUUCUUCAAUGAUUGAACCAGAAGAAAUAACUUCACAACAAGAUGUUCUCAUUGAAGAUGCUUCUUCAAGUUUGGAUCUUUUAUCCAAUUUAGAUUUGGGAGGAAAUUCAACAUCAAUUGGAAAUGGUAAUAAUGAUUUAUUCUCAUCAAAUAAUGCAGUUAUGGAUAUUCUUGGAGGUGCAUUGAAUACUCAAAAUAAUGUUGCUCCAGUCUCAUCAGAUCCAUUUGAUAUUUUUGGUUCAGUUCCAGUUCAACAAUCAAGGUUUGUUUGUUUUUUGUGAGAAGUAAUUAUUUACUUUUUGAUAUUUUUAGCAAACCAUCAAAUCGACCAGUUAUUGCAAUCAAUGCAAAAGGUGUCGAAGUUCAAGUUGAAGUUGUUGAUGGUUGGAAAAAUGAGAAAGCUCGCUUAAAAAUGACAGCUUACAAUUAUACACCACAAUCUAUUUCGAGUUUCAACUUUUUGGCUGCGGUUACAAAAGCAUUUGAAAUUCAAUUGGAACCCGCCACGUCAACAAAUAUUCCAGCCGAUGGAAAUACAACACAAUUUAUGAAUAUUACUCGAAAAGUUCCAGGAUCUGUGGUAAGUUGGGAAAUUGAAAAAUUGAAACUUAAUUUAUUUUAUUUUAAACAACUUUCAAAGAGAAACAUUUGUUUUGAAAACGGCUAGAAAAAAGCACUUCAAAAUUUUUCUUUCUUCCAAACUAAACUUAUUUUUGCAGGCAAGAAUGCGCACUAAAAUUUCGUAUCAAAUCAAUGGAGAAGAACAUAAUUCGAAUGGAGAAGUCAACGAAUUUCCAGGUUUGACCUAAUCAAAAAUAGCUAUUUUCCUAAUUUAUUGCUCCCUUGUAUUUUUUUUAUUUUUUAUCCCGAACCCGCUCCCUUCCAUAAGUUGUGUUUUUUUCUCAAAAAUGUGAUAAUACUAUUUUUUACUAAUGAUUUAAUCAUAGAUACAUCCAGAUAGCGCUUCAUUUUUCUUUUUCAUGUGUUCGUAAGAUUUAUACAUUUCUCAAAAGUUUUCCGUUUUAUUUAUUUAUUCAUUUAUUUAUUUACUUCUACUGUUUUUAAUAUGUACCCUUAUUUUAUUUUUUUCAACACGGUUUUUCAAAUAAAUUUUAUAAUUUAUGCAACAGUAGAAACUGUGAAAGUAAGUGGUUCCAAAAACCAACAAUUAUUUUUUUUCAAAAUUCAGGGGAAAAUAAAAUAAUAUGUUUUUUCUAGGUUUUCGAGAUGCUCAAAAGGUUAGUUUUUUUUUUGCUGAAAAUCGAUUUUUUUGUUUUGAACUCUGCUCAAACAAAUAUCGAAAAAAUAUUCCAAGUGUGUAAAUGAGUACGAAAAUCUUAACAAAUAUGUAGUACGACUGGUUUUCUGCUCCUAUUUCUCAUUUCUUCCGUUUUGAGCAAACAAUAUGACACAAAAUAGUUUGUAGGUCAUUUUUCGAUCAAUUAUUCAUUUGAAACUUGUAUGGAUUCUCAUCUUUUUGAAAUUUUCUCGUAGUAUUUUCUAUGUGUUUUUUCUCUUGAAACUUGAAGAAGAUAACAACUGCUGAAAAUCUGUUGAAAAUUGAUUUUUUUUUCUUCCCAAUUUUUAAAAUUUUUCAUGACAAAUGUGUGAUUUUCUUCCAUCGUUCUCCCAAAAAAUUGAGUUAAAUCCUGCCUUUUUUGUUGACUUUUUUCUCACAUUUUUUGUUGAUAUGCAAACACACAAAAGUUUUUAUCAAUUCUUUUUUUUCUUAAAAAUGUUGUUCUCUGAUUCAUCAUUUUAUUGAUUUUGAUUUUUUUUCCAUUCGAAAUUUUUUGUUUGUUUUUUUUUGGUCAAAAAAGGGGCAAAAAUAUAGGCAGCUUGAUUAUUUUGUCGAUAAAUUAUUACCCAUUGAGAAACAAUGAUAAUUCGAGCCAAAAACCUUUUUUUUUCUCUCAAAAAAGAUAACAAAUAAAUUUCCGAGUGCAUAGUUAAGAUUUUAUCUCGAAUAAAAAAAACGACGUUUGAUAAGCGCCAUUUCUACUUAUUUUUAUUCGACAAAAUUCGCGAUUUUUUGACGCUUUCUAAAAAAUUGAAAUAAUGAAGAAAUAUGGAUGUUGCUUGGUAUGAUAUUUGAAACAUUGCAUUUUUACGGGAAAACUUAGAUAUUUUUAGUAGGAAAAACAUUCCCACACAACAAUUUUUCAAAAAAUCUAUUUAUUUAUCAUUUUCUGAAUACAAAUUCAUUCUUAAUUUAGGGUAUGAGAAGAAGAAAUUCAGAAUCAACGAAUGAGAAAAAAGGUGGAAAAAAGAACAACAAAAUGACGAGAAGACGAGCUGUCUCGCCAGAAAAUGGGUUCGUCAUUUUAUUUAUUUUGUAGUAUUAGUAUUCAUUUUCGUAAAAUGCAAUCAGAAAUUUCUAGAACUUCAAUGACAUCAAAUAAUUGUUGGAUGUCAAAUGAAAUGAACGGAUAUGGAUGGAAAGCAAGAGGAGAUCGAAAACCGAAAGAAAAAAGAGUACCAUUUAAUAGGCCAACACCAAAACAAGUAUAUGAAGCAUUGCCAUUUGUGAGGAGAUAUUUUAUGUAUUGGAUGAAAUAUACUUUUGACAAGGAGAAACUUUUUAUUAACACUUUUCAACCGCUCAAACACAAGCCUUUUUAUGGUUAGUUUGUUUAUUUUAAUUUUAAAAGGGGAGAAAUAGGAUUUGGUUAAUAUCAGAAUACUAAAAUCAUAAUCUAGAGCACAAUUUUUUUCCGGAACAAUCUAUUAAAUAUUCACUAACUUCUGAAAAAUUAUGAGUCAAAAUUGAGUUAUAAACAACUUUUCCGGGAGAACGAGAAUGAGAAAAAGAUCAUAUUUCUAACACUUUUCAGUCGCUGAAAAAUCUCAUUUAUAUUAACAUAAUCAAGGUUUUCUAUUUGCGAAAUAUUUAUUUUUCGUCUCGUAAUUUUUCCAAUGGUUUUUUUUAUUUAAAAAAAUUAAUUUUUAAUAAGUCUAAAGUUUUUAGAAAAUUUUUUUUGAAGCAUAAUCUAUUUUUGGGCCUUUCUCAUUUUUAUUCUGAAAAGGCAUGAUAAAAUCUCAGCUAACACUCACGAAAAUUCCCUUGAAAAAUAACAAAAAAAACCGAACAUUGUGUAAUUUACUGCUCAAAAUCGCAGGACCUCAAAUUUUACUUGUAGGAUGAAAGCAUUUUUUCCAAUUCUCACACUGUUGCGUGGAAUUUCUUCGGUUUUAGGACCAUCCUUAAUAUUGUGCCAGGGCUCAGAAAAUUUAGAAAUGUUUUGGCCCGAAUAAGUUGUAACCUGGAAUUUUUCAAAAUAUCAAAAAGUUCUCUAUUCUUAGUGACCCCUUCUUCAAGUUCGAUAAACCUAUCAGUUUUUUCCAGACAGCAAGUACCAAUUAUAACAUUUCAGAAAUUUUAUUUAAUAAAUAAAACCUACUAUAAAUAUUUUUUAGGUGUACCAUGUGGUGGUAUUGGAUGUGGAGCAAUUGGUCGCGAUUUUCGUGGUGGUUUUUGUAAAUUCAGUCUUCGACCGGGUCUUGUUGAACACAAAGUCAAUGUUGUUGCGGUAUGUGUCUAUUUCUGUCAUCAUAUCAAAUAUCACCUCUCUUUUUUUUCAUUUUUUGCAGGCUGAUCAAUUUAUAUUAUCAGUUCGUGACAACAAUAAAUGUGUCUAUCAAAAAGUUUUGUCCGCAGCUGAUAUAUGUUUGCCGUCAGGACAAUUGAGCGCUUGGGAUUUUUCGUUUCCAAAGAAAAAUGUAUAUUAUAGGUUAGUUUUGAAGAUACAAUGGUAA